UCUGUGUUCCUUGCUCCUUUUUCCCUCCCUUCUCUCCUCCUUUCCCCUACACUUCUUUGUACACAGCACCCUCAAAGCUUUGCCCCAAACCCCACCCCCUCAAAAGCUCUGUCCCCAAAUUAACCCCCACAUCAAGCAGAUGAGCCCUGCUUAGGAUCCCUAGGGCCUAGACCUCAGGCCUGGUGUUGGGCCUAGUGUCUGGGGCUGGGAUUGGGUCCUGGGGCUGAAGCCUGGGGCAAGACUUUGAGACUAGGAGUGAAGACUAGGCUACAGUUGGGCCCAGGCUGAACUGUGUUGGAGGACCUUAACGGACAGCCUCACCACACAUUUCCUGGCAGUUAUUUCUGUGGAAGGCAGAGCUGUUCACUUCCUGUUGAGCUGGGAGUCCCCAAGUGCCAGAGGCUCUGAGGCUGCCCAGAGCAGCCUUUUUGCCAGCAUCCAUGGCCAGGUACCUGCUCUUUUCCCUGACACAGAGAGAGAUCAGAGUGGCCAGAGUGGGAGUGAGCACAGCUCGCCUCCGAGGACCUCCAGGCGGCCUAGAUUCUCUCAGGGGCUUUGCGUCCUCCAACGCCAGGCCCAGAAAUUACCUGCACAAGAGCAUCGUAAGCACCCUACACUACCAGAAGAGCCUGCCCCGACUUCCUAUUCCCAAACUAGAAGAUUCAGUUAAGAGAUACCUGCAAGCCCAGAUGCCUCUUUUAAGUGAGGAACAAUUCAGGCAAACAGAAGGAUUUUCACAGAGUUUUAAGACUGGAAUUGGGAAAGAACUGCAAAGGAUGCUUGUUUCUCAGGAUAAAAAGAAUAAACAUACAAGCUAUAUUUCAGGUCUGUGGCUGGAUACAUAUCUAACUCUCCGCAGCCCCCUUGCCUUCAGCUCUAAUGUAGGAUUAGCUUUCCAUCCAGACCCAAACCCGGGCCACAACGACCAGCUCAUCCGAGCAACCAACCUGACCAUUUCAGCUCUCCGGUUCCUCAAGACUUUCAGGGAUGGCUACCUUGAGCCUGAGGUCCUGCACCUCUACCCAGAGAAGACGGACACCGAGGGGUUUAAGAAGCUCAUCCGAUGGGUCCCUCAGGCUCUGGUGUGCACUGCUGCCUCCAUGGUUAAUGUUUACCCCAUGGAUAUGUCCCAGAAUUUCAGGCUUUUCAGCACAACCCGCCUGCCUAAGUUCUAUAAAGACAAACUUCACACUGACGAAAAGGCCCGACACCUGCUGGUCCUAAGGAGAGGGAAUUUCUAUGUCUUUGACGUCCUGGACCGUGAUGGUAACAUAGUGAAGGCGGCUGAGAUCCAGGCUCGCCUGGGGUACAUUCUGGCCGAUGACUGCCCCAUUCCUGAGUUCCCUCUGGCCUACCUGACCAGCGAAAACCGAGACACUUGGGCCCAGCUGAGGCAAAGCCUCCAGGUCAGUGACAAUAAAAACACACUAAAGAAAGUGGAGACGGCCGUGUUCUGCCUGUGCCUGGAUGACUUUCCCAUCCAGAACCCUGACCACCUGUCUCACAACAUUCUGCACGGUGAUGGCAUGAACCGCUGGUUCGACAAGUCCUUCAACCUCAUUCUGACCCAGGAUGGACAGGCAGCCGUUCACUUUGAGCGCUCCUGGGGUGAUGCCACAACUCAUCUUCGGUUCUUGGAAUACAUUUUCAAAGACAGCAGCCACUUCCCGGCCGUCAUUCCCUGGGGCCAGCAGAAAACAGGAGCAGACAACUCACUGGCCCCAGUGAAGAAGCUCAACUUUGUAUUGGACGACUCUCUGAAAGCAGGAAUAGUCCAGGCCAGGGCUCGGUUCAAUGCCUUGUCACAGAACCUGGCUGUCCGGCUUUGUCGGUUUCAGCAGGGAGGCAAAAAGUUUCUGAAGAAUCAGGGGGUGAGUCCCGAUGCUGUGAUCCAGCUCUCCCUGCAGAUGGCUUUCCUGGGACAGUAUAAUGCUACGGUUCCAACCACAGAGUCCUGCAGCAUCGCAGCCUUCAAACAUGGUCGCACUGAGACCCUCCACGUGGCUUCUGUCCACACAAAGCGGUGUGCAGAGGCCUUCAUCCGACAACCUUUUGAACACAGUGUGGGCGAAUUCCAGAACAUGAUUGCUGACUGCUCCCGUCACCAUGUGAAAUUGAUCAGGGAAGCCACUGCUGGCCAUGGCUUUGACGGACACCUACGGGCUCUGCAUCACUUGGCAACGACCAAAGGGGACUGGUUACCAGACUUCUUCUUCGACUCGGCCUACAAUCACCUGAAUCACAGCAUCCUGGCCACCAGCCUGCUGGCCAGCCCCUCCUUGAAAGCAGGAGUGUUUCCGCCAGCAGUAUCGAGUGGCUUUGGGAUUGCAUAUUCAGUGGAACCGAAGGCCCUCCAGUUCAACAUUUCCUGCUCCUCUGGCCAGAGCCUUAAUGAAUUCCAGCAGAAUGUGAAGAGAUGCCUGGAGAAAAUCUGGCUCAUUUUAGAAGGCAAACCCAUUAUUAGUUAGAGCGGCUCAACUACUGUGUUGCUGGGAGGACGGGGGGAGAGACCCCCGGCCUAGGCCUCCGCCCUCCAUUCCUCAUUCUCAGCUUCUUGUGCCCUUCCCAAGUGGUUCUUGCAGCUGAAAGAGGCUAGAUCCCCCACCCACCCUCCAGACCUUUCUCUUCCCAGAGGUGGAGCCAGGUGGGAUUGGGUGGAGACUCUCAGGGCCUUCUCUGCGAGAGAUCUCAAGUGGGUCAGGCCUUUGACUUGGCCAGUUCCAUGAGUGAAUGACUUGAAGAUUCACCAUGGAUGGGGCCUGGGGUCAGAUCAAGGGAUUCCCCAACAUCUCGUGUCUAAUGGGCUCUUGGGUCUCUAAAGCCACAUUUGGGGAGUGGAGUGGGUGCCCUUCAUCUGAAUCUUGAGCAGCUGGGGGGUUGGAGGCUUCUACAGAGUAUCUCCUCUUGGGAUUCCUCAGCCCAGAAGGAGAGCCCCAGCCCAUUGGGGUUGUCUCCGGGCAGGUCUCACAGGUGGACUGGGAUGGCGGGCUGGCUGGGCUGGGGAAGCCUCAGGGUGAUUGGAGAUGUCUGGCAGCAUGUCUGCUAGGUCUGGAACAAGGUGAUGGGGAUGAUAUCUUCCCACAGUUCCCCUUCCCAAAGCAGGGGGAUACCUUCCAUCUGUUCUGCAUUUGGAGCCCCAUUGGGGCCCACAGGGCUUGGGACAGUGGCCUCUUUGAGUAAAAUUGAAUGACCCUCUGACUCUGCAGCAGAUAGAGUUGUUUAGGCAGCCUGGUGCUAGCAUUUCUCUAGAAAUCAGAGAACUUUGAACAAAGUUAGAAAGGUGUCAGAGAGUUGAACACCCAUUUAAUGCAGUUUAUACAGUCCAGGGCGGUUUCCCAGAAACCCAAGAGCUGUCCUGAUGGGGGGAUGGGGAGGGCGGAGGGGGCUUCAGCUCUGCAUUCUUCCAAGGCCCAAAUUCAGCCCUGUCAGGCCAGUGCCCGGACCUAGGGCCAGGCAACAAUCAAAUACUCUUUUCCAGCUGAUGAACAUCUGGCUUUCCUCUUGGCAUUUUAAACGUGGCCAGCCAAUAUUUCCUUUUAUGGCCUCUAUUAAGUUUAAGUUGCAGCUGCCAAAAUUGUUAUUAUUGUUAUUAUGGUUUGGGGAUAUGUUUGACUCACAGAGUAUUUGCAAUGGAAAAGUUUUGGUUGAAGCUUGAAAGUUCUGUGUUUGAAAAAGGCCUCACACUAUGAAUAAGAAUUUUGCU